GAGGGCGCUGUUAACAUUUCAUGCAUCUCGCUAACUCGUGCAUUGUGACAGGGCUAAAAUAACAUUUCUUCGAACUAAAUUUCUUACAACUAAAGUACUUUCACGAUGUCGGGCCAAGACUGGGACAAAGCUAUAGAAGAACAGGAAAAAGGAGAGUUGGCUAGUAAAGUGGGAAACCUCAGACUUAAUCCUGCGGAGAAGCAACAUGCGGCAGGUGACAAGACGGCAGCUCCAACUCAAAAUACAGGUGACACUAACAACAAGGAAGAAAGUGAAGAAGAUGUCGCCAAGGCAGUGGCGGAUGCCUCACUGCUGAACAAAGCCCUACAUAACAAGCUACUAGACAUCUCGGAGACACAGCUGGAGGUCCAGCAGAAGGACCCUAACUCCCCUCUCUACUCUGUCAAAUCCUUCGAAGAGCUUCACUUAAAGCCUGAUUUGUUGAAAGGUGUUUACGAGAUGGGCUUCAACGCUCCGUCAAAGAUCCAAGAAACGGCACUCCCACUUCUCCUUGCAGACCCCAGACCAAAGAACAUGAUCGCCCAAUCACAGAGCGGGACAGGCAAGACGGCCGCGUUUGUUCUCACCAUGCUGAGCAGGGUCAACACAAAUAACAACUGGCCACAGGCAAUCUGCCUUGCACCGACGCUGGAGCUGGCUAUGCAGAUUGGCGCUGUCGUCGAACAGAUGGGCAAGAACAUGAAAGAACUGAAGGUCAUCUAUGCUGUCAGGGGGAACAAACUUCCCAGGGGUUCAAAGAUCGAGCAUCACAUCGUCAUCGGUACACCGGGGACCAUGCUAGACUGGUGUAUCAAGCUUCGUUUCAUCGACAUGAACAGGAUCACAGUGUUUGUUCUGGACGAGGCCGACGUCAUGAUUGCCACGCAGGGGCACCAGGACCAGUCCAUUCGUAUCCAGAGGAAGCUUCCCAACACCUGCCAGAUGAUGCUGUUCUCGGCCACCUACGAGGACUCGGUCAUGCAGUUUGCCAACAAGAUCGUGUCGGACCCGGUGGUCAUCCGCCUGCGUCGCGAAGAGGAGAGCCUGGCCAACAUCAAGCAGUUCUACGUGCUGUGCAGCAACGAGAAGGAGAAAUACGAGGCUUUGUCUAACAUCUACGGCGCUAUCACCAUCGGCCAAGCCAUGAUCUUCUGUCACACAAGGAAAACGGCCAACUGGUUGGCGUCACAGAUGUCACGGGAGGGUCACGCGGUGGGGCUGCUGAGCGGAGAGCUGGAUAUCUCGCAACGAUUGGCCGUCCUGAAACGCUUCAAAGAAGGCAAGGAGAAGAUAUUGAUCACGACCAACGUCAUGGCCAGAGGAAUUGACAUUGAGCAGGUCACUAUUGUGGUGAACUUUGACCUACCUGUUGACAUGAGCGGUCAGGCGGACUGCGAGACGUACCUCCACCGCAUCGGCCGGACGGGGCGCUUUGGCAAGAACGGCCUGGCCAUCAACUUUGUGGACAGGCCAAGGAAUAUGGAUAUACUCCAACAGAUUGAGAGACACUUUGGUCGAAAGAUUCUCCCAUUAAGUACAGACGACGCCGAAGAACUGGAGAAGAUUGUUUGAUACAUAGGCCUUGAGGAUUACUGUCGUAACUUGAAAACCCCAACUUGUACCAGCAGUUGACAAUCUCACUUGUUUCUGCACUUACAGUUUUGAAAAUGUCGAGUAAAUCCAAACAAAGAAGAACCCCACACAGAAAAAAAGAGUCUGGUUUGCGAGUUGCGUCUAAAGCUAUUUGUUCAUUUAAGCCUAGAGAUAUUUCAAAAUCUACCUGGAGGUUUUUGGAAACUUUGCAGGAUCGUCAGGAAAGUAGAGCAUUAAACCCAUGGGCACUUGUGAUACAUUGUAUUACAUUGUGUUUAUUCACUGAAGAAUCAUUAAAACCAUAAGAAUGCUUAGCGGUUUCGGGUGCUAUAGCAACAGGCAGAGCGGUUUUGUCUAAAGGGUUAACAUACAUGUACAAUGACGCUGCUGGAAAUUUGAUGUACCCAAUGGUGGAAUUUGGAGGCUCCUAGCAAAAAAUGACCAAGUCUAAGAGCGGACUUUUAAUUUUAUGUCAGUUGAGAGCAGUUGCAAGAACUAUUGCGAAAACACCUUGUGAAGUUUUUUCUGUUUUGUUUUGCAUAUAAUUCAGUUACAUGUAAGUUUUAACAUAUGUGUGAUAGGUUCGUCAGCUUUGCUACAGUUUCAUGAAGAAAGGACAGAAAGCUUUCUCUUUGUGUAAAAGCAAACCUCUUGGAAAUGUAAUAUAGCUCUUUGGUUUUACUUUCUGUUCAUGUACAGAAUACAUGGAACAGCAGAUAGUGCUUUGUGAGAACACACAAGACCUGCAGUGUGUAACACACAUGGCAUGAGUGCGCUGCUUCCAAAAGAUACUCAUUCAUAAAUACCUAAGACAGUUGACCCAUCCCUAUUGGUCGAGAGCCCGUCACCAGCCACGGAUCCAGAGGCCGGGUUUUGGGGG